CGACUUAAUGUUAGCGCAAGUAGCCGUAUUUAUAUUGGGCUCCGUUGAAACUUCAUCAAGUACACUUUCUUACUGCCUCCAUGAACUUGCAUAUCAUCCUGAAGAACAGGAAAAAUUAUUUAAAGAGAUCGACGAAGCACUUAAAAGAACCGGAAAGGACAUUUUAGAGUAUGACGACUUAAUGCAAUUAAAAUAUUUAUCUUCCUGCCUUCAUGAAACACUACGUAAAUAUCCACCAGUUGCUUUCCUGGACAGAAUAUGUAAUAAGAGGUAUAAGCUAAACGAUGAUGUUACAAUUGAAAAAGGCAUACCGGUAUUUGUAAAUGUACUCGCAAUACAUUACGACGAAAAGAUAUUCCCUGAACCUGAAAAGUGGCGUCCCGAGAGAAUGAACGCGUCGUCCGACAAUGAUAAUCUUCAAUUUACAUUCUUGCCUUUCGGAGAAGGACCCCGGUUUUGUAUAGGAAAACGAUACGGAAUGAUGCAAAUGCGAACAGCUUUGGCACAGCUAUUACAUAAAUACAAAUUGGAGCCUGCGAGCCCUUAUAAGGUGGAAAGCGAUCCAUACAGCGUUAUUCUGGCGCCUGCCGACGGUGGCACCGUCAAAUUUGUACCACGAUAAAUCUUGUGAUUUUUUUUAAAUAACAUUUAUUUAAUUAAAUAGAAACAUUAUGUAUGACUGAUACGCAUUUCUUAUAAGUACUUAUUAAAUAAUUUACAGUAAUUCUGAUUAUUAAAUUAUAUCAA